GGGUAAGUAGACUCGAAGCACUUUCGAGGGUAAUAAUUGAAGUGCUAUCAAGUGGUGCAAAGCCCUUGAUUCUAUCCAAUGCCACGGUCUCAGCUUCGGGAUCGAAUCCUUUUUAAUCUUCAAGGUCGGGAGGUUUUAUUUCUGGACAUGAGUCGGGAGAGUAAUGGAGCAGCUGAUGCUUUCGCUAGAGGCUCUAUGGUUUCUGGACAUGAGUCGGGAGAGCAAUGGAGCAGCUGAUGCUUUCGCUAGAGGCUCUAUGGUUUCUCGACAUGAGUCGGGAGAGUAAUGGAGCAGCUGAUGCUUUCGCUAGAGGCUCUAUGGUUUCUUGACAUGAGUCGGGAGAGCAAUGGAGCAGCUGAUGCUUUCGCUAGAGGCUCUAUGGUGACGUGACGUGAUUGCAGUUGCUCAAUCUCCCUUUCCUCCCCUCCCCCUUCCUCCACUUUUGCUUUUCUCUUCUUCCCUCCUCUUUCAGCACUGUGCUUUUCAUUCUUACUAAAUGAAAAACCACGGUAAACCGUUCAAAAAAUAAAAUAAAAAACAAGGAAGGAGAGUCUUAUUUUCUUGGAAAAUGUUCUCCCUGUUGGAUAACUUUCCCUUCAAAGACAUGGAUAACUGUCGAAAUGGUUUCCCAAAAGAAAUUUGGACGCAAGGGACCGGAAUCCGUUUGUUUUUUAGCUGAUUGUUGGUUAGGGUAUCUUUUUUCGUGGCCUUUUUAGCACUUUCCGUGUGGCUUUCAUCUCGUCCCAUUGGUCUGCUUCGAUCUGCCUAAUCAUCAAUACUCUCUCUCUCCAACAAUUCUCUGUCUGCAAUUCCAGACUCCAAUCUCUCUCUCUCUCUAAACACCCUUCUCUCUGCAAUUCUCUCUCUCUCUCAACAACCUUCUCUCUGCAAUUCCAGACUCCAAUAUCUCUCUCUCUCCAAACACUCUUUCAUGUAGCCAACGCCAUUGCUUUCUAUCUGACUCUGCAACCCCAAUUCUCUAUCUCUCAUGGCUCCUUCUGCUUCGUGCCCCUUGCUACAACUUCCAGCCCAGAGUCUCAAUUCUAAAGCUUUUCUCUUGAGGCCCAACGCCAAGAUAAUUGCGAUCUCAAAGAGAAGCAACCUGACAUAUUUUUCUACUUCUACUCCUUCUAAGAAUGAUAUAAGUAUUCAUGGAGCUUCGAGGUCUAGGUACGUUGGGGUUGUGUGCUCUUCUAAGGGAAAAGAUCCCGAAAUCAAUGAAGAUGGGGUGAAGCGAGUUGAGCAGCUUCUUGAAGAGAGAAGACAAGCUGAAUUAGCUGCUCGAAUUGCUUCCGGUGAAUUCACAGCAGAGCAAUCAUGGUUGGGGUUGCUGAACCUGGCGAAACUGAGAGGCACGCUUUCGAAAUUAGGUUUUCCUGGGAAGUUUCUGGCUGAUGCGAUUGCUGGGGUGGAGAGAAAUCUAAAAAUUGGGGAAGAAGAUGAACUCCAAAUACCACAGGCCAAAGGAUCAGCAGGUUUUAUCGGGAGCGCCCCGUUCUUUAUUCCAUUGUACGAACUUUUCCUCACCUAUGGUGGAUUAUUCAGAUUGAAAUUUGGUCCAAAGUCCUUUUUGAUAGUCUCUGAUCCUUCCAUAGCUAAACGUAUCUUGAGAGAGAACUCCAAAGCCUAUUCUAAGGGUAUUUUGGCAGAGAUUCUUGAGUUUGUUAUGGGCCAAGGACUCAUCCCUGCUGAUGGAGAAGUCUGGCGAGUUCGCAGAAGGGCUAUUGUCCCAGCAUUGCAUCAAAAGUAUGUUUCAGCAAUGAUAAGCCUCUUUGCGCAAGCUACAGAGAGGCUUUGCAGUAAGCUGGAUGCAGCAGCACAAGAUGGGGAGGACGUCGAGAUGGAGUCUCUGUUUUCACGGUUGACAUUGGACGUCAUUGGAAAGGCUGUGUUCAAUUACGAUUUUGAUUCUUUAUCAAAUGACACUGGAAUUGUUGAGGCUGUUUACACUGCCCUUCGAGAAGCAGAACUUAGGAGCAUAGCCGUAAUACCAACUUGGAAGAUUCCGAUUUGGAAAGAUUUAUCACCAAGGCAAAGGAAGGUUAACGCCUCCAUUAAAUUUAUAAAUGACACACUCGACAGUCUAAUCGACAUAUGCAAGAAAAUGGUGGAGAGCGAAGAAUUGCAAUUUCAUGAAGAGUACAUGAAUGAGCAGGAUCCUAGUAUUCUUCAUUUUCUUUUGGCAUCCGGGGACGAUGUCUCCAGUAAGCAACUCCGUGAUGACCUGAUGACAUUGCUUAUUGCUGGGCAUGAAACUUCUGCAGCGGUAUUAACGUGGACAUUUUAUCUUCUCUCCAAGGAACCAAGUGUCAUGUUGAAACUUCAAAAUGAGGUAGAUUCUGUGUUAGGAGAUCGCCUUCCCACGAUUGAUGAUAUGAAGAGACUUAAGUAUACUACGAGAGUAAUAAAUGAAUCUCUGAGACUUUAUCCACAACCACCAGUGCUGAUAAGACGUUCUCUUGAGAAUGAUGUACUUGGGAAGUACCCUAUAAAAAGGGGAGAAGAUAUCUUCAUUUCUACUUGGAACUUACAUCGGAGUCCUGAGCACUGGGUGGAACCUGAGAAAUUCAACCCUGAAAGGUGGCCCAUUGAUGGACAUAAUCCAAACGAAAUAAAUCAAAACUACAGUUAUUUACCUUUCGGAGGAGGACCCCGUAAGUGUGUUGGGGACAUGUUUGCAACAUUCGAGACUGUGGUGGCAUUGGCCAUGCUUGUAGGGCGUUUCAACUUUGAAAUGGCAAUUGGAGCAGAACCAGUGGGAAUGACAACUGGGGCCACUAUCCACACAACCGAAGGAUUAAAAAUGACAGUGACCCAUAGAAUCAAGGCCCCUGUAAUUCCUUCUUUUGAGAACCAGAUUCUUGCAGUGAAUGGAAACAAUACUUAUACAAAUGCAUCAUCAUCAUCACCUGGAAUAUCAGAAGUGGGCCAAGAGAGUAGCCAACAAGAUGAGGUUUCCACCGCUUGUACCUGAAUACCUUUGGUUCUAUUUGGAUGGGAGUAUCAAUCAUGUUAUUGAAGCGAAGAUGGGUGUAAUUUAAGCCACAAAAAUACAAAUGGUUGUAAUUUGGGAAGGGAGGUUCUUGGUGCUCCAUCAACACAUAGGCAAUGUUCACUUGGCCCCAUGCCUCUUUAAAAAGAAGAGCUGAGCACUAAAUGUGUUUAUAUGAUGUUGAGCUUUUGCUUGAUGUUCAUUUUGUGUAAUGAUUAAUUUACUGAGGCAAGGAGUUCUUUUAAAAAGAGAAAAGUAUUCUUUUGUUGUUACAUGGGGACAUGGCAUUUGCUUAUUAAUAUCAGGUUUUGGAUGGUGAUACUCGCAAAA